GACCCCGUUUGUUUGAUUUCUACAAGAAUGCACGCUUCUCUUCUUGCGCAAAAUCCUGUAUCUGAUCUAUCUUAUAUCGCGAUAUUGUUGGCUGGAACUGUUGGCUGGCUUGCUGUUGGCUGGCUUAUUGUUGGCUUACUUGACAUAGGCUUAUAUAGGGCCUUGCUAAAGGCCGCCGUACCGGUACUGUGUACCAGACCUGACACGAGACUCGAGAGUUAUUUCACAUUUGCCUAGUUUUGUGUUUAAUGAGCUUUUCUAGGUGAAGAUGUUCAAAAAACUGCUCGCGAUCGUGCAGCCGCCAUUAGGGGGUUAACAAUGCAAAAUCCACCUGACGAGGUUUGUUGCAAAAGAAAAUGUGUCCGGUGUGACACAGAUGAAGUCAUCCGCUAUACGUGGGGUUCGAGCUCGGCUGGUUGAAGAUUAUCCAGGGUUAGAAGAAUAUCAAGAUCAAAUUCUACCAAAGAAGGAAUCAUAUAAUCUUGUUAAGUGCCAUGAGAGGAUAGAGAUCAUAGCCGUUGGAGGCGAACCAGUUUUCUUCAAGCAACGAGAUGGACCCUACAUGCCUUGUCUCAAGUUAUUACAUAAAUAUCCAACGAUACUCCCGUGGCAGCAAGUAGAUAAAGGAGCUAUACGUUAUGUACUGAGUGGUGCUAAUAUUAUGUGUCCGGGUCUUACAUCUCCAGGAGCUAAACUAGCUCCAAGUGAAAAAGACAAGAUUGUUGCAAUAAUGGCUGAAGGCAAAACACAUGCCCUUGCAAUAGGACUAAUGAAGAUGUCUUCUGAAGAAAUAAUGAACGUCAACAAAGGAAUUGGGAUUGAUAACAUCCACUAUCUCAAUGAUGGUCUAUGGCAUAUGAAGCAGAUUAAAUAACACUGGCAAAUUUCUUGAUGUGAGGCAACAUUGAAGAAAUGCUUGGAUGCAAGAGACUUUUUCUUUUCCUGCUGCUGCAUUGAAGUCCUUGUGACCAUCAUUGGAUGAAAUAUGGUAUAAUUUCACAAAACCAUCAAAGACCUAUUCAUAACAUUUACAAAUAUUUAGUUUUAGAGAUAUGCGUUAGCAACAAGUUAUUUUAAUAACCUGUUAAGAUUGGAUCAAUUACUGAAGUCUUUUCACACAGUUCUUGUUGCUAUAUCAUGUAAGACAUUAGAAAAACCAGAAAUGUAUGCAUGACAUUUUAGAAAAGCAAACAGGUCUAGUUUCAUAAACUCACUGACAACCCAUUAAAUGGAAACGUGUCAAUGGAUGCUUAUUUAUUUGUCCGUAUGAUUAUAAAUAUGACAUUAAGUUUGGUAGCAAUUUGCAGAUGGUUUUGUGGAACUUUCCAACUACUAGUAUAACUUCUGCUAAUGACAGUUGUUAAGGUCUUUCAGUGAGAACAGUUCAACAUGAUUAUCGAUAAAACUUUCAUGUUAUGGCAAAAAGUACUGAGUCACCUUUGGAUUCUUCACCAUGCGUAAGCUUCCUCAGUAAGAGAUGCUUACAGCUACCAAGUGUGGACUUUAUUUUCAGAACCUGGGUAAGCCAGGGAAGUGUUUCAUGAAACAAAAAGUGAUUUUCAAUGAAAUUCAGAAGUAAGGAUUUGUGUAGCUUAUAACAAUAGUCAUUGAAAAUUACUAUUUGAUUCAAGAAAUCAUACUACAUAAUGGAGAAUUUGUGAAAAUGCUCACAGAUAAGAGUUUCCCACUGGAAAUCUUACACCAUUCAGGUGUAAACCAAGUAUCAAUCAUUCAAGCCCUAUCGUUUUGAGGAAUCUUAUCUUGUCUGAUAUCCUGAUCCCAGAAGUUAUGAUCACAACUUGCAGUAUUUUGUGGUAGGACCUCAAAAUAUAUUAAUCUUACCAAUCUGUCUUGUUUCAUGAUUUAUGGAGAAAAUACAUCAAAUGGAUAUUGUCUAACUUGCCUCUUCAAGUGAAAUGAUAUCUUCAUUAAUUGCAUUACUUAUCAUGAUACCCUUUAUAUUGUUUAAUACAGUGGCAACUCUAUUGUACAAGGUUCCAUAAAUGUAUGUGUACUUAAUAAUGUAAACAUGGGUUUUCACAGGCAUGGAUAUCUACAAAAAUGCAGCAUAUUUUUGUUCAUAAGCUAAAAUUUGCACUAGGGUUCAGAAAUGUUAUCAAUGGUUUGUAGGAUUUGGCAGUUGUAUAAUGAAUUCUGCAAAAAAACUAAGAAAGGGCAAAUCUUCUGUUUCCCUGUGCAAAACUUUUGGAGCAUCAACAAUAAUGUAGGAUUUUGCCAUUGGUUUACGAGGAUUUCCUUUUCUUUAAUCUGUUAGACCAGGCAUCAUAUUGAUUUGUAAUGAAAGGAACAAGGGUUUAAUAAAUAACAAGAGAAUGAAAAACGUUGAAACCGGAAACAUUGUAUUGUAUUAUGAAUAUUGGGAAGAGGGGAUGGCAUUGAAUAGGUAGAACACUGUACCCAUAAUGGCAGCGCAAAAUGCCAUCUCGCUUAGUGCUAUACAAUAGCAAUAUAAGAUACGGACAUCCUGUAUUUUGUUGAGACAUUGUUACCAUUUAUACGUUGUAGAAAUCUAUGCCAAAAACAACUUUGAUAACAACCAAAUUUGCUUAACUUUUCACACGGUUUUAAGAAUUUUGAUUGUUCUGAUGAAUAUGUUCGUAUAAAUUGCAGCCGUAUGUUUCAUUUAAAUUUACUGACUACCCAUUUUGGCCAUUUAUUAUUGUUGGAAAUUUAUAUGCUUCAUGUCUAAGCUGACCAGCUCAGCUCAGAUUAUCAUAAUGGCAGGAAUUCGCAAAAGAAGUUUAAACCAGGAUGGGGUACAAUACGAUGGACAUGCAGUUUUCAUACAUAACUGUGCUUGUUUCAGUGUGUAUUUAGUGCCCUAUUGGUCCUUUCUCAGUGUACAUGCUGAAUCAAGCACAAUUAUAGUCUAUGAUUUUGUACCCCCCCCCCCCCCCCACACGGUUUAAACGUCUUGUGCAAAUUCACGCCAAUUUUCUUUCAUUCUGUAGCUCUAACACAAAUCAAUUUGUGUUAAUACCAGUAUUUUGAAACCCAAAUCCACUUUUGGUAGUUAGAAAUUUAAAGGAAACUGAUUGUAUAGUUUCAAUUUGUCUGCCUUCCAUAUUAAAGUUAUUAGGAUGUUGCAAGAAACUUAGGUUCAAUUGUGAAUCAAUCUUAAUGAAAGAAAUUUAAUGAAGGAAAUCCGAGUUGUAAUUGAACACAAGUUUCUUGCAACGAUGAUAUGUCUGAUGAGUGCAAUGGAUUGUUACCCUUAAUGUUUGUUAGCACAAUCAUCCUUCCAUCAUAGCAAUCACCACAAAUAAUGCAUUCUCUUCAGGCAAAUGGAACUCUCAUUAGUUUUUCACAUGUAUGUGCUGGCUGUUCAAAUUAAACUUUAUGUCCCCUGGCGAAGGACAAGAAAUUAUAUUUAGCCUCUGUUAUUUAAUAUUCAUUUAGAAAGUGAGCUUAACUUACCAAGAUUUUAACAUUUUAAUAUUCACAUGAAAUUUCAUAAUUCAUUUUAUCAAAAAUCAUACAGUUCCAAUAUGUGUUAUGCUUUACAUGUGCAACAUGAUAUCUAAUCUUUAAAUUUUAUUUCAUACUCCAGAAAUGACUGGAAUAAUAUGUAAUUUAAUUGAUGAUUUUAAUAUUCAUUUGGAUGAAAUCCAAUAAUAAAGCCAUGUAUAUAAUA